GCGUCUCUCUGCCCACAUGCAAGGAGUGAGGGUGCAGACAAGGAGCAGGACCGUCUGUGGGAUCUAUUAUUAACACCUGGAUUACGAAACACCAUUUGUAUUUUUAUUAUUUGUUUUUUUAUUUUGUGUUUUUGGGCUUGAGAACAACCUGCCAUCAUGUCUCGGGCUCCAGAUGGUGUGAGCAAGCUUACUGAAAGUACAUACAAGAAUGUGAUGGAUAAUUUCAACCCAGGCCUGAGGAGCUUGGUCAACCUCGGGAAGGGCUAUGAGAAAUCAGUCACAGCGAUGACUCUUGCUGGGAGGACCUAUUUUGACGCAGUCUCAAAGUUCGGAGAGAACGCUCUUGUGUCUCCAGUCUCCAGAGAGCUUGGUGUGGUUCUGAUGGAGAUGGCAGAGUCCCACAGGAAGGUAUUUUAUGAACUGGAAGAGAACUUCAAGAGGUUUCACAGGGAGAUUAUUAUCGAGUUGGAGAAGAAGACAGAGAUGGAUGUUAAAUACAUGAAUGCCACCUUCAAGCGCUACCAGUCUGAGCACAAGCUGAAGCAGGACUCCCUGGAGCGUUCUCAGGCCGACCUGAAGAAGCUCAGGAGGAAAAGCCAGGGAAAGCACUCGUCCAAGUAUGAAAUCAAAGAGAACGAGUAUGUGGAGACAAUCACGUCGCGCCAGGUGGACAUGCAGAAGUUCAUCUCUGACGGCUGCAGAGAGGCCUUACUGGAAGAAAAGAGACGCUUCUGUUUCCUGGCGGAUAAACACUGCAUGUUCUCCUAUCAAAUUAGCAACUUCCACGAGAAAGCCAAAGAGAUUCUGUCCACGAAGCUCCCCAGCUGGCAGGAAAAGUGCAGCGAUAUUACCCAGGUGCCGGACACAGUGAGCACUAUGAUAGAGGAGCUGUCCUCCACUCCAGAACAGUCGCCGCUGGUUGAACGCUACAACAGGAACAACGUGGAUUCAGGGGUGCCUCCUCCAGCGCCGCCACUGAAGGCACAAAUCAGUCCGUUAGCCAACAUGUUCAACCAAGAGCCCAGGUUUCUUCUCCCAAACCCCACAUCAGACCACAACUCAGACCAGGGCAGUCUUGGAGAGCUCAGUCUGUCUCGGUCCACAUCCCAGUCGUCCGGUCUCAAUGUGGGCAGGAAGCCCCGCGUCAGGACCAUCUUCCCCCACACGGCGGGCAACAACCCCACACUCCUCAGCUUCGAGGAGGGUGACCUCAUCACCCUGCUCAUCCAAGAAGAGAAGGACGGCUGGCUGUACGGAGAGCUGGAGAAGACACAGCAGCGGGGCUGGUUUCCCUCAUCUUACUGCAGGCCUUAUACUGAGCCAGCAACAUCGAAUAGCAAUCUUGGCACACCGGUGCGUAGUCGGAGUGUGGCCAGUCUGCGGGAGCAGGAAGAGGACGGGCCAGUGUUGCUGCCGCCGCCAGACUACAGCGACGACACCCCUAGCCCAGUGGUCUCCUCAAUGCCCUCGCUACACAACGCGGCAAUGAGUUUAUCAUCGUCCUCAGGUUUCUUUAGUCAAUGGGACUGCAAAGGCUCCCUUUCUAGGGGGGGGGAAUCCGUUUGCAACAGUGAAGCUGAGACCAACGGUCACAAAUGACAGAUCAGCGCCAGCCAUCUAACACGGAGGAGGAGGAUUUUCACCGCUUUCAUGCCUUCAGGGGAAUCAUGCAACAUGGGACCCCUGCGACACACUGAAUAUCACCCCGACCUGACAUCUCACCAGCCUGCAUGCUAGUCUCUCUCAGUUUCAGUCUGCUUUAUUAAAGGGAUCCAUUGUUUCUUUGACUGUGCCAGUGUGUUCUACAUUAGCCACAACAGGGAAUAAUUGCAUAAUCAGCACAUGGAGAAGACGGAUAACGUUUUGAAGUAAAAAAUAAAAUAAAUGUUUAAUAAAGUAACAAUUCACCCCAGAAAAUUGAAAAUUUAGACUUUGUCUGAUCACUAAUUCACUGAAAGUUGUAUUCAAAUUGACAUUUACAUUGUGUUUCCUGUGGCUGCGUCAUAAUAAAAGCCACCGUGUUUUUUGGAAGCUUUUAAUGUUAAUGUAGCAGCAGAACAUGACCAUACAGCUCUUCUACAUUUUUGACAAUGGACAUUGAAAUAUUUGAUGUGUAAUGCACUGGAUUACAUGCAUGUCAUGUAGGAAAUCAGGAUCCAACAGAGGAACAGCGGACUCCACCACUACUGAUAAAACCUGCUCCGAUAUAUAGAUAUUUUGUGAAUCUUAAUGCUUUGAAGGCUGACUUCACUUUACUCAGCCUUCUCACAAAGUAUUGAAAGGAAAAAUCAAAAACUGUUUACUUUUUUCUACUUACCAGUUUGUCCAAAGUUCUAUUAUUUAAAGACGUAAACUGCCUUCAGCAUUGUAAUUGAAGACUGAGAUAAAGCUGUUGGGGAUAAUUGUGUGCCUGGUGGUCCCACAAAUACCAGUGGAGUUUCUACUGACAUGCUAACAAGGAGACAAAACCUGAUUCUUCAUUUUGGGGUGAACUGUCCCUUUAAGAUGCAAAAGAGCUGCUCAGACGUGUCAUCAGGUCUUUUCAGGCUUGUUUGUGCUGCAGUCAGUGCAGUGUUUUGAUACAGAAUGAAGAGAUCCAGAUGUAAAUGAUUGAAGACCAGCACCAGGCUGUGUUCCUGACUUGCCAAAAAACAACAACAUAUUGUUAUCCCGUUUUUAUUAGAAUUAUUUUCGUCUUUAUUUUCUUCAGAGGCAUAAUGAUAUAGAAAAGUUGUGAGAAUGAAGGGAGAGUGAUGUGUUGGGAAAAGGGUUUGUCAUUUGAUUGAAGGCAAAACAGUAUGUCACUGUUUAAAAUGAGAAGGCUAUUUAUAUACACUUAAGUUUGUAUGAGAUAUUUAAAUAAAAAUAUGUGUACAGAAGUCCCUUUGAACACGAUAAGCCACCGUGCUCAUGAUCCCAAUGCUGAUUUUGAUUUGAAUGCUGAUAUGUAUAUUAAAUGGACAAAAUGACCUUUUGAUGAAGGGAAUAUUUUUCACUCCUCACAGUUUCUCUGUUGUUGAAUGUAGAUUGUGUGUCCAAUGCACAGUUUAUACAAAAUAAAAUUUACAUUACUGGUAAACAUUUGCAUUGUAUGAAUAGAGUGGGUCAUUGUUUUAAAUCUAAGUAUUAACUGUGUUUUUGUGAGGAAAAUGACUUUUUUUGCCAUGUAUUUGCUUUACAGAAUGUAAAUGUAUGAUGAGGAACGGACAGUUUAUUGAUCCUCAUUGACCCACUUCAUGUGUGUAAGUGAACACAUUAUAGUUAUCGCCACAUGCUUUUAUUCAGAGUACCUUGCCACUGUGUUGACCAAUGUAGUCUUUUUUUCUCAAUAAAAAAUUAAAGU